AUGUCUACAAGCCAGGUGACGCGCUCUACGAAGCAGUUAUAUCGCGAUUGCUUACGACUGGCCAAGCACAUUGGCGGAAACAGCAAAAAAGGUCAAGCUAUCAAGGACCUAAUACGACGGGAGUUUGACAAGGGUCGUAGUGAAGUGGACAUCGAGAAGAUCGAGACACUAAAGGCCAAUGCCGUCCGUGGACUGAGCAAUUACCUCAUGCUGGCUAACUCGAGUAAGGACCAGCGACUGCGCGAUGCUAUGAACAAGAAGUCGUCGCCGGAUACGUCGACUUCCAAUCAGGCUGAGUAUCGAGACUUGUGA